AAUCCAUUCAGUUCAAGCAACGGUUCUCUCUCUGAGUACCGUUCACCAAGAAACCAUAGUCCUAGGACCAGGUUUCCUUCUCCAGAAUUUUCCUCGAAAUGCGGAGACUCCUAUGAAGUAUUUAUUGACAACAGUGUGCAUGGAGGCCGCUCUGAAUUUUGCUUUGAUCUUGACCUCCUCAAUAGAGCCAUUUUGAGAUUUCACUCCCCGGAUUUUUCAUUGGGAAUUCUUCCUGGAGAUAUGGUCUUGUCAGUGAAUGGUGUGGACUUUCAACAGCUUAGCAUUGAUGAAAUGAAUGCCAAACUGACUCCUGAGGGUCCUUCGGAGUUAAGGAUCGUGCUGUUUCCCUCUGAAGAUAGCAUGGAGUGGUCCUUGCGAUCUAUUCAUGUGGAUAAGUCUUGUUUUACAAUGUUAAUGAAUGCGGUGACCAGUGCCAACAAUCCUCGUUCUUUAUGUUACGAGGCUUUAUUUAGUGAAAAAGACUACAAGUCGAAUCGUAUUUGUCUUCGAAACUGGAUCAAACGGACGGGAAGCUUAAGCGGAAUUAACAACUUAAUUAACGAGCUCUAUCUGCACUUAUUACGAGCUGUUACAUCUGAUUCAAAAGGAUUGUACUGCAUUGACGACCUCGUUCUGAUUACCCAUCGGGAUGGUUAUUCGUUAGGAACGGUUGCUGAGGUCCUUCCUGACGACUUUUAUCAAGUUAGGCUGCUUCCCAACAAUCAACUUCUGAGUGUAGCUUGGGCUGAUAUUAACCGAGCGAACAGCAAGGAAUUGGAAGGCAUGGAAGAUUUGAUGUUACUGCGUCACUUAAAUGAAGUGGCUCUGGUGUUCAACCUUCACGCCCGCGUCCACCAUGCCCAGCCCUAUACAUACGUUGGCGACUUUGCUCUGUUGGCCUUCAAUCCUAUGCGCAACCUUGACAUCUACAACGACGUCGUGAAACACCUCUUUUUCAAGUGUCAAAAACGCCUUGAUAUGCCGCCCCAUAUUUACUCGGUGGCACAGACUAUUUUGGCUCGUAUGGAAGGCUUGUUUUUGGAAAGAGGGGAAGAUUCUCCUCCAGGUGCAUUAAAUGCCGAUUGCCCUCUCAGCAUCGCUAACCGUAACCGUGUCCCCACCGUCCCUCUGGCUGCAGCCACCAUCAAGGUACCCACUCAGGCCGUCUGUUUUCUUGGCCGCUCAGGUUCUGGCAAGUCCGUCAACGCAGAGCACCUUAUCGAGUACCUUCUUUCCCAAUGCCCCUCUGAAUCCGUACUCACCGGUGCGCCUCUCGCAUUUUGCACUUCAUGCAACGUUCAGCUCUUGACGCUUCUCAACUCGAAUGCUAGUCGCUGCUUACGACUCUUUACAGUCGAGUUCUUGGCCCAAUGGAAGGAUGCUUCCAGUGUAAAUCUCAACCCCUCGGGUCUCUUUGUUGACAUUUUGCUCUUGGAUAAGUUCCGUGUUACACGUCGUCCACAGGGUGAACCUACAUUCCACAUAUUCUACUACUUCUUGGCUGGGCUGGAAUGUGAUGGCAGAAUUGAUACUCCAGGACCUCACUUCUCCGAACCUAUUCAUGACACCACUCCAAAGAUUCGAUUUCAAGGUGGCCAAUUCUGGGAAGCGCCGAUAGAUCUUAUCGCGUUUGUUACCACGCAGCUGGAGGAUCAGGCGUUGGCUAAAUCCCGUUGGGAGGCGGUGCGCACGGCAGCGAGAGUGCUGGGACGCGAUUUUGAGGAGUCCUUCAUGAAUGGCGUAUGUCGCCUCCUCGCAGUCAUUUACCACCUGGGUUGCGCUGGUGCUACGCCAUCUCGAUCUGCAGCGACACCGACGUCCACAUCCUUUCGUAGAUUCAUCAAUCUCAACGCUGCGGAGCGUGCUGCACGUCUCCUCGGUUGCGCCUCUGUCGAGCGCCUUUCCUCCGAUGUCUUCGGCGCCACUGCCACUAACACCGACUCCUCCUCUUCUCGGAGUCCCAGUAACCUCGAACUAUUGGGGAGCUUUGUCGCUAACUUAUACGCCAUUGCCACGAAUACACUGAGAGACCUCAUCAACAGGGCCCUCAACCCGGGAUCGGGAGGGAUACUGCGCUCGAACUUAGAUUUGGAUCUGCGCGGGCGGACAGCACGUGUGGUGGUGGUCGAUCCACCCGGUCUGCAGACUCCUGAGGCCGGUGGUCGCAUGUCUGGUGGAAGUUUUGAAGAUCUUCUGUACAACUACACCAACGAGUGCCUUCUAAAACUUUAUCGCGACUGCCAGUGCCAAGCGGACCAGAGUGGCAAUAUCAGAUGCACAAAUUCUGACUUUGUUGAGUUUUUGGACAACUCACCAGACACUCCUGUAGGUUAUUCCACAAUACUAGGUCCUAUUGUCACACCAAGCUUUAUUGUUUGUAAUCGAGCUUGCAGUGCUACGUCCUCCCAGUCAGAUGAGGAGGCCUCCAUCACUUGGACAGUCGAGAAAUAUGGCAAAACGGACUCUGUGGUAAGUGCUGGUCUCCUGUGGCUCCUCGACUAUGCCUUCCGCACUGGUGACAUGAAGACCUUUCUUCGUCUCCUCGCUCAGAAAUACGUGAAACACAAACUUAUUCAUGUCUCACGAGGUAGGCCGUUAUUAAGAAGCAUCGGUGAUUGCAUGGACGAGGGAGCUUCUGCCUCUACCCUUAGUGCGUCUUCAACCACAGGACUUGUCGAGUCUUUUAUUCUUGACACGGUAAGCAUCCAUUAUUUACAGUACAGAUUUUCUAAUUUAAGUACUCAGUUAAUAAGGUACACGGUAGAUCUAUUGCGAACGUGUUGCCCUGAUGUGGCAACGUGCAACAUUCACUGGGUGCACUGCCUGUUGCCAGUGGCAAGCGCUGGACUCUGGCAGGUCGCUGCCACCUCAAUUCCGACCACCAUCGAGACGGCUCGGGUAUGCGUACGUAACCCACACGUGCGCUUUUGCGUACCCCUUGUGCGUGCCCAACUUCAUGCGAUCUCCCUGGCCACCGAUCUCAUCUACCUAAAGUCCGCCUUCACCCAUCGUCUACUGCAAGUCACUAGCGCCAGCAGCAGCCACUUAAAGAUGGUCAAUAUGCCCACACAUUCCUUAUCAGAAGAUCUUGUCACGGUUGCGGAACCAUCCAACCAGAAUAGCGGGGAGAAUGGUGGUAGUGCGGAAACUGAAAGAACGCUCCUUAAAGUACCCAGCUUCUCGUCUGGUGAUAAACUAACCUCACCGAUUAGCGCAUCACAAGCGAGUUCAGAAGCCAGUGCGAAUCUACAAUCCGAUACUGUGGCUACUCAUACCGUUAAUGAAUCGGCUGAUACGUACAAUUUCGUAUUCAACACAACAAACAGCAACUUUCCCUGGGAGCAACUACUGUCGCUAACUCCAGCUGAUCGUGGAUUAAUAAAGCAACUACGAUUCCAGUUAGAAGAAACAGAGGAAUCUAAGGAACUUCUUUUGCGUAAACAGCGAAUUCUCAUGGCUGAUCUUGAGGAAUGUCAACAGCAAUUGAAUCAGGAAAAACGUGAUAAACACGCUGCAGAGUUACGCUGCCAGACAGCACACCGGCAAAACAGUGAUUUGCAGUGUCGAGUGGAAGAACUUGAAGAGGAGUUGGAGGAGGCCAACAGGAAGCAACGCCGCUCUGCCCUCACAUGCCCUGCCACGCCUAACUUCAAUCCUUAUGCUGGAGAGGUGACCCAACUCAUGGAGGAGCGCAACGCCAUGCGCGAGGAAAUCGCUCAUCUGCAAGAGCGCCUCGUUGCGGCCACCACCGAAAAGACUGGAGCUGCUGAUAUGGAGCUAGUCUAUCAGAAGGCCAAAGUGCACGAGUUGGAGGGUCGACUUGAACUAGAAACGUCAACAAAGCAACGCCUGCAGUCGACCGUGGAACGACUGAAGAGUCAACUAGAGCAGCUGAUGGCAGAGCGUGAGAAGCUGCUGGCAACAGUGCAGUCGGAACGUCAGAAUGCGCGCGGUCUCACACGCAGUCUGCGUGAGGCCCUAGAGGACAAGGAGAGGGCGGAGCGCCGUCUCGCCGAGGAGGAGCAUCGACGGUAUGAGACUUCGAAUGAAGUUUCCUCAUGCGUGCAGGAACAGCUGCGAUUGCAACAUGAGCUCUCUCACCUCCUCUUGCGCUGCAAGGAAGAAGAGCUACUUUCUGUGAUGAUGCGCAGUCGACGAUCAGAUGAUGUAAAUGAGAUUGAGGCUACGGAGGUGGAGAGUGAGGCCUCUGAAGGGGAGUACUCAAGUGAAGUGACGGGUGGAAGUGAUGUAGGUGGUGAAGAGAAAUGCGAGGAGCACCGCACUUCCUCAGUUGAUUUCUACCAGACGAAUGAGAGGGAAAGUGGUGACGCAACUUGA